UCCUUUUUCCUUCUUUUUGUUUUUGUUUUUGUUGUGGAGUAUCCUUUUUCCAGUUGCUGCUGCUGCUUUUUAUAAGUAGAUUGAAAUUGCAGCAUGGGAAGGAGAGUUAGCAGAAAUACCAUUCUUAAUCUCUUGAAAUAUCUGCGUUCAGCAGCAUCUUAAGGUACCUUCUGACCCUUUUGCUUGAAUACUUUAAUUCUUUCUCAAGUUUACUGCAAUUCAGUUCAUCUUUUUGCAAGGGAUAACAAUUAACCAAUGGUUUUCAAGCUCAUAAUGAGGAAGUAAUUUGAAUUCUCAUGGCUGCAAAUUCUCUCACUCAUAAGAGUAACCUCUCUGGGACAUAAUGCUGAAAAUAUAUUGGAAAAGAAGUUUGUGGGUUCUGAAUAAACCAAGAAGGGAAACAAUGUUGAAGAACACAAAGGCAGCAACCAAGAUAACCGCGCUUGUUGUAGACGAUAGCAUGAUCAACCAAAGAAUUCACCACAAACUGUUGGAAAAUCUUGGCAUAGAAAACCAAGUUGUGGGGAAUGGGAAAGAAGCCGUUGAUGUCCACUGCUCUGGAAAACACUUUGACCUUAUUCUCAUGGACAUGGACAUGCCUAUCAUGAAUGGCAUUGAGGCAACAAGAACACUGCGGGCAAUGGGAAUUCAGAGCACAAUCGCAGGCGUUUCGUCACACUCAUCCCUCAGUGAAGACACACAAGAAUUUAUAGAGGCAGGCUUAGAUGACUACCAAGAGAAACCAUUAACCCCUGAUAAGCUAGUUGCCAUCCUCCAUAAGGUUAAUCUCCAUGUCUGAAUUUCAUGGAUUAGUAUUAAGACUCAAAACAGACAGGUCAGGUUAUCCAUGUAAUGUAACCCUCUGACCAUCAAGUAGCUCUUGAGAUGUUGUGGUGGGUGUGAUUAAUUAACAAUUCAAAGCUCCCAUCAAAAAAUUCAUGUAAUCAAUAUGAGAAAGUUUUACCUCCUCUUCCUUGUACUUUCUUACACUUUGUUCCUUUUGGUGUG